AUGGACGGUCUCAAUGAUUACAAAGAAGUAAAUGGACCACAAACAUAUCCUGAUGAAACAGAACAUUGCGAGAUAAGUUUGAUAGAUUACCGUGAUAAUCGUGAAAUUCAACUAGAUUUAUCAAAUUGUCGUCAAGAAAUAGUCCAAAGUCUACAAGAGGGCUUAUAUGAUAAAGCCUAUGAUAUAUUCAUGCAACUUGAUCCAGAAAUUCAAAACACUUUUUAUUGUGAAUUAAAAGAAAACACAGAUAUCGAUAAAUAA